GUCACGAAGUGGGGCUACAAAUUACCCCAGCUCGCCGCGGAGUACACGCGGUCGGUGACUUCACCCGAGAUUUUCGAGGGAGCGAAAAUCCUCGACGCUGGUGCGGGCACUGGUCUGCUGGCACACAGCCUCAAGGAGGCUGGUGUUAAGGAUGCGACGGCCAUUGACAUCUGCACGGAGUUGCUCUCGAAAGCCAUGAAAUCGGGCUUCUACUCUUGCUGCAAGGUGGUCGACCUGAAGGCCACCUUCGAUUUCCCGGACAGCUGCUUCGAUGUUACGCUUUGCCUGGGCACGCUCACCUACAUGGACCCC